CCUCCUCCUCCUCCUCCUCCUCCCACUUCCUCCGCACAAUGCAGGCGGCCGGCCGAGCGGGGCAGCGGCAGCUCGCGGCGCCGAGGAGCGGAGUCCCCCGCCGCCCGCCCCGGCCCGGCCCCGGCCCGGCCGCGUAAGAUGCGCCGCGGGCAGGAGCGCGUCGCCGGCGGGGACAGCGCAGCGGCGCCGCCGGAAGGCCGGCCAACCUCUUCCGUCGCGCGCCCGGGUCGAGACGCCGGCAGCAGCCCAUAGAUGGCCGGGAAACGGCACCUGGAGUCUCUGGACCCCGUGAUUUUCAACAAGCUACCUCGGCUGGAGCCCGAGCCGGGCCUGGGGCUCCCCGCCAGCCUCUGCCGAGCGAGCCCCUUGCCGGCGCCCGGCCCCGACAGCCACUGCAGCUACAAGGGCUCCUACUUCGCCUGCCCGCUGCCGAGCCCCGAUGGCGCCGAGCCGCCGGCACGCUGGAGCCCGGCGGCCGCCUACCUGCACUACGCCGGCAGCGCCGCGGGACAGCCGCCGCGGGCCGAGGGGACGCUGCUGAACUGCCUCCUGUACCGGCGCGAGGCCGAGAGCCUGGGCGCCCGGCUGCAGCCCCCGCGCGCCGACAGGGGCAAGGACAGCCUGGUGCGGGAGCUGCUGGUGGCGCGGGAGAAGUGGGCCGGCCAGCUGGGCCCCCCCGACCCGCCGGCGCCCGCCCCGGGCCACCCCUUCGCGGUGAAGAAGCCGGUGGCUGUGCACAAGGCGGGGGCUCAGGCGGGCUGCGCCCCCCUGGCCGUCCCCAAGCCCGUCUACAGGGCGCCGCUCUGCUACGUGGAGCCCAGGACGCCCCUGCCCCUGCGGAAGAGCCCCGGGGAUGCGGACUGGGCCCUGCCCGCCGCCGCCGCCGCUGUCGGCCACCCCCUGCACCGCGGCCCCGAGAAGGGCCCCGCCGCGGACCCCGGCCUCCUGCCGCUGCCCCCCGGCCUGGUGCUGCCUGCCAAGGACCCGCUGGGCUCCCCCGUCGCCUUCUCGCCCUACUACGCCGCCUUCGAGAAGUACCGGCCGCCGUUCCUCGAAGCCGGCUGCCCCGCCGCGCGCCACCCCGGCCAGGGCCCCGAGGCUCCCAGCAGCGCCCUGGGCCAGGACGCCUGGUGCCAGCUCCGCGCGCCUGCCGCCAGCCCGCUGCCCCGCUCGCCGGCGUAUCGGGAGAGGCCGCCGGGCUGCUACCCGCCCGGCCCCUACCCGCUGCCCCUCCACAAGCCGGCCCUCCUCUACCACCCGGAGGCCCCCGCCCUGGAGAAGCCGGCCAACGCCCUCUCUUCCGCGCCCGGCACCUACAAAGGGUUCGGCUUUCCCGCGAGCGGCGAACCCCAGCCUUUUCCUAGCACUUACCUGAAGCCUCAAGCCCCGAGAAGCUACUUCACGGGCUCUUUGGAGGGCUACGCGCCCCGGGCGGUGGGCUCCGGCGCUGUGGCCUCGCCGCCCUCCACGGCCGCGGCGCUGCCGAGGGAAGCCGAGCCCCGGCAGCGGCCGCCCGCCUACAAGGUGGACUUCGUGCAGCCCAGCCCCGGCUUCGCCUUCGCACCCCCCGACGUGGCCUUAUACGGCGCCUCCUUCGCCGGCGCGGAGCCGGCCCGCGAGGGUCUCGGUGACGGCAGAGCCGCUGCCCCCCGCGCGGCGCCCGCGCCCCCGGACGGCUCCCGCAGGAAGGCGGUGGCGAGCCAGAACAGCGCCUUCCAGCCCGUCUGCGCCCUGGACAAGCUGCCCCGCGGCUCCGAGAGACUCCCAGAAACGUUUCCCAGAGGGGAACUGGGCUGCAGCUUGGACUUCUGCCCAGCGGCAAAACCCACCACGCGGGAGCAGGACCCCCCUUUCCUGGAGAAGAGGAGGACGAGCCUGGCCCUCAGGGAGAGCACCCAUGGCACCCGGGGGGCACCCGAAGCCCCCCCAGCAGCUCCGAUUGUUUUAGCUGACAGCCCGGUCUCCCACCAGCAUUUGGGGAAGGGAGAGGCCCCCAAGGCCAAAGAUGUAGCCAAAGAGCCGGUUUCUUCUUCUCAGGUUGCAUCUCCGGAGGGUAGCCGGAAAGACCCGCAAAGUGGCGAGAUCUCUCCUUUGUCCCCACCUAUGCCAGUUAUCAACAACGUCUUCAGCUUGGCACCUUACCGAGACUAUCUGGAAGGGUCCUCGGCUGAGCCUUCGGACCCCUUCUCAAAGGACCAUCCAAAGGUAGAUACCCCGCUCCGAAACACAGGGAACAGCUCGGGGAGCAAGGACUCUUUUAGGUCUCCGUCAGAGCCAGCUGCAGUCAAAGGUAUCUCAGAGACGUCCGGUGUGCUGCCCGCCGGGAAGGAGGCCAGCCAGGCGUUACAAGCGGGGAACAGCGUGGGUCAGAGCUGCAAGCCGAUGGCUGGUGAAGGGGGCAGCUGUUACAAAAGGGCCCCCGAGAGUCACAAGCCAAGGCUUCUGCCCCGCAACCGGUUGGCAAAAGGUGACCUGGGAGCUCAGCAUGGCAGCCUGAGCGGUCCUGGCGGUGCUGGGGGCAGGGAGCCAGCCCCCGACGAGGUUGUGUUGGAUCUUAGCUUGAAAAAGAGACUAGUGAAACCGGGAGAAACCCAAGGCCCUGCUGGCCACGCGAAGGGGACAUCUAAAGGAGAAGAUGCAGCAGGAGAGAAAGAGGAGCCACCCAGGAAGGUGGAGACGGGAGAGGGAGCCAGGGCUCAGACGUUACCGUUGUUGAUAGAGGUUGGGUCUGGGGACAAGAGCAAUUUCCAGAGCUCGGCCACCUUCAUGUUCAAAAAAUACAAGAUCUUGAAAUCCCUCCCGCCCGGCGCCGUGCCCCCGCGCCAGGCUGCCAGACCCCAGGCCGCGCAGCCCAGCCCACCGGCAGCGGCUCCGUCUGGCAGCGUCCCCACGCCGCAAAGUCCGCACGCGUCGCCGCAGCCCCGCAGCCCCCCCGCGCCGCCUGCGCUGCACGCCGACUCCCAGCCCGGCACCUCCGUUCUUCAGGUGACUUGCUUCAACCUGCAUCUCCCUGACAUUUCAAAGCCCCUGCUGCCCGGCGCGCCGGAAGCCCCCCGUGCGCCAGGAGAGGACAACGUCUCACUGCCCAGCCACUGUGAAUCCCCUGCCCAGCAGACCUCCGCCAGCCAGUAUUUCACUGCCUUGCACGCCUCUCUCUGCAACGUUAUUUCGUGUUCGGUGUCUGGGUCCUCCCCAGAGCUGCUCCAGGAGUGGCUGAAGAGGGCAGAGCCUGAGGAGGACCUCAAAGAGAUGCCCAAGUCUCCCCCCAAACCCAAGAACGGUUCCAGGCUCUCUGAGCCCCAGAAGCCCACCAAAGGCAAGGAGAUCUGGCUGGCUUUCAAGGACGUGGCUGCUCUCCUCAGCAAGCUUCUGUCUCAGCUGGAGACCUUCAUGUUCACUCGCAAGUGCCCCUUCCCCCAUGUGGUUCGGGCGGGUGCCAUCUUCAUUCCCAUCCACGUGGUGAAGGAGAAGCUCUUCCCCAAGCUCCCUGGGGCCUCUGUCGACCAAGUGUUGCAGGAGCACAAGGUGGAGUUGCGCCCGACCACCCUCUCGGAAGAGAAGCUUUUGAGGGACCUGGAGCUCAAGAGCUGCACUUCCCGCAUGCUGAAGCUCCUGGCUUUGAAGCAGCUCCCCGACAUCUACCCAGACCUGCUGAACCUUCACUGGCAUGACUCUGUCAAGCAACAGCUUGGUUCAAGUUCACAGGCUGGCCAGCACGCCUCCAAGUAGGGCCGACGGGGAGACACCGGGAGCCGAUGGCGAAGCCGUGGCCGCAGGUGGCACGAGGGAAAGGAGGCGCCGGGGAUGGCGAUGGUGCCGAGCGCAGGGAGGAAGCUCCCCAUCGCCUCUGGAGCGGGGUCUCCUCCCGGCGGCCCCGCGAGCCGGGGGGCGGCACGACGCCGCGGCGCUCCGGGGUGAGGCCUGUCCGGCCGCUCUCCUCGAAACUCGCUCUGCGCACGCCGUUCCCCGCACCCGCCCUGCCGCGUCCUCACUGUGCAAGCGCCGCGGGGACGCCAAACGGCACCGAGGGGCGGGCGAUCGCGACCCCCGCAGCUACAGGACUGAUCGUUUUGUUGUUUUAAACGAAGACAUUUUAAAAAUGUUAUGGAAUUACCUUUAUAAGGAGCUGCUGCCUUCAGGUUACGUGGUUUUUUAAAAAAAUAGUAAUUUAUACUUGUCUUUUUGUUUAUUUAAACUUAUGGCUUCACCUUUUUACUAUGCUGGACCAAGGUGGAGCGAGAGAUGCUGUCGUGCUUGAGAGGUUCAGUCCCGGAUCAUAUCCGAAAGAGGCUUCAAGGAUGUUUUUAGAGACUAUUAAAGCUAACAAAAACAAACCCCAGAAACGUUACAGCGCAGAGUCUGGAUGUCCUAAAUGAGAACUGCAGAGACGUGUGUUUGGUGGUGAUCCUUUAUACUUGACGAAGAAGCGGCGACCCUUGAGCGAUGGGCGAUGCUAUUGCACGGAGGCGGAGGGGAAGGAGAGGGGACUGGUGCUGUGAGACCUUUAGGAGGAGACCGUUUCCAUCCCCACGUGUUUCGGGGUGCCCGAGCCGCUGCCCCAUCACAGGCAGCGGCCAGCUAAGAGCGGAUGUACUUGCACUUGCCCAGUCGGCCAAGCGUGGCUGGCUUUUGCCCGCUGCAGAUGUACAGACCGGAGCAGAGGCCUUAAAAACUCAACACUCAGGUGUUUCCAGCUGUUGCAGGGAGUGGAGGAACAAGUUGAGAUUUUUUCACUACAGGAAGUAUUUAUUUUAAACUAAGAAAACGAAAAAAAAACCCAAAAAUAAAAAACCCAGACCGAUCCAUAGACUCGUCUUAGCCAAAUUUUGUGUUUUCCAGCUCCGGGAGGCAGUGGCUGCUGUGUCGUUCAGUGCAGGGGCAUUUUUGAUUUCCGAGGGGACGUACUGAGCACGCAGAUGCCGGGAAGUCGGGGGCACUCUGUUCUCCUUGCUCUCUCUUGCCACGCGGAGUCUGCGAGUAGCAUUGUAAAGCAAUUCGGAAAGCCGUGUUUGUUAAUAAUAUUGUAAUUUUUAUAUAUAUAUAUAUAUAUAUAUAUAUAUAUAUAUAUAAAGUUCCCUGGAAGAAAGUUCCUUCACUUUAUUUAAAUGUUUUGUAAGAAUAUGAGUUUUAAGAGGUGCCUCACCUAAUUAAAGUGUUUCUGGCUCGUUUUGGAA